AUGUCGUCCAACUCGAAACCAGAGGUUUCUCCUCUCGCACCUCCUCAACCCGCUCGGCCCAACAACACCAACCUCGCUCAUCUCAAUCCUCUUCCACCCUCUGUGUUCACCUUGCCACAAACAGCUCAACUUGAGGCUCUGUACACAAUCAUCAGGGACAAGGAGACCUCUCGAGGAGACUUUCUUUUCUAUUCGGAUAGAAUCAUUCGACUGCUUGUUGAGGAGGGUUUGAACCAUCUACCUGUCGUGGCACGAACGGUGGAAACGCCCACUGGUGCCGUCUAUAAUGGUGUCGGUUUCGAAGGCAAGAUUUGUGGAGUGUCAAUCUUGCGUGCUGGGGAGGCGAUGGAGGCUGGUCUGCGGGAGGUAUGCAGGAGUGUCAGAAUCGGCAAGAUCUUGAUCCAACGUGAUGAGGAGACUACACUUCCAAAGCUUUUCUACUCGAAGUUUCCUCAAGAUAUUGCGUCGCGUUAUGUGCUGUUACUCGAUCCUAUGCUGGCAACGGGAGGCUCAGCCAUGAAAGCCGUGGAGGUAUUGAUGGAGCACGGCGUGCCCGAGGAACGGAUCAUCUUCAUCAACCUGAUUGCUGCACCCGAGGGACUAACUACGUUCUGUUCUCGAUUCCCAUCGUUGAAAGUGAUUACAGGAUGGAUUGAUCAGGGUCUCAAUGAUAAAGCUUAUAUUAUUCCUGGACUGGGAGACUUCGGUGAACGCAGAUACUGCACAUAA